UUUUUGUGCUGUAGUUUUUGAAAUACAAUGUUAUAGGGUGUGGUUUUAAAGGUGUGGCCAGAAAGUCAAGGAAAUUGCAAAAUGACGUCUACUGUUAGAGCUGGUUCUUGGAGAGAUUUGAGCACUAAUGAGAUGUCUUAUGGAUCCCAGAGAAAGAUUGCCGCCUUUCUGGACUCGUCUCACACCCUCAACUGGAAAGACUUGCUCUCAAUGAUGCCAGAAUACGGUCCUCUACAGAUGCAGCAGUUAUCCCAGCAGGAGGCGAGAGGGAAGAGUCCCACUAUAUCACUGUUGAGCCACAUGGCAUCAAGAGGUAGGACUGUUGGCCAGCUGUAUGACUUUUGCAAGACACUUGGAAUGAACAGAAUAUGUGAACUAAUAGUACAAGGAUUACAAGAAAGAAACAUCAAAGUAGACGUACCUUUGCCUACUCCUCAUUCCACUCCUCCGUCAAACGGUCGACCAUUUGUCCCUCCCCACCCUCCUCCUCCUCCUCAACCUGUAAUUGUUGAUACUCUACUACGUGAAUCUAGCGAUAACUCUACAAGUACUUCUAGAACUGACCAAUCAGAUUCUAAACCAAAUGCAAAACCAUCUCUCUCUCCAUCGCCCUCUUCAUCUCUCCACCCACCACUCUCUCACGAAACCACACCCACUCAGAUCCUCUCGUACGAAGACGUCAAAAAAGCGACGGGAGACUUUGAUAAUGUUUUAUUCUCUGAGGGUGGACAUAAGCUAGGACAGGGUGGGUUUGGUGUUGUCUAUCAGGGACAGAUUAAUCUUGGGGAAGGUAACAGGGAAGUCGCUGUCAAAGUUUUUGUCGAUGAUGCAAAUUCUGAAAUGGUAUUACAAUUUAAGACUGAGCUACACACCAUCUCAAAACUAAAACAUCCCAACCUAUUACCACUUCUUGGCUACACUUCCAACCAGUCCACACUGUGUCUAGUGUAUCCUUAUAUGGCAUUGGGCUCACUGGAUAAACACUUGAGUAGGUUGGAGCUCGGGAGUGAGAGGAGGCUUCAGAUACUGAGAGAUAUUGCAUCAGGUUUACAUUAUCUGCACACUGGGUGUGGUGAAAUAUUAGUACAUAGAGAUGUGAAGAGUGCUAAUAUUCUCCUGGAUCAAAACUGGAGAGGUGUAUUAACAGACUUUGGCAUAGCUAGAACACUCAGUUUAGAAACUACGACUGUUGUAACUCAAAGGAUAGUUGGUACUAGAGUCUACAUGUCACCAGAGUACUGCACUGGAUUAGUAUCGCCUUCAGCUGAUGUCUAUUCACUUGGUGUGGUGAUACUUGAGCUGGUGUUUGGAUGUUUGGCAUUACACAGCCCCAAAGGAUCAGAUACUGAUAUUAUAAGUUUUCUUGAUGAAUGUGAUGAAACAGCUGAAUUUUAUUUAUCAUGUUGGUCCAGGAGUGAUGGUGAGAGUCUAGAGGAACUAGCAGAAAAGUGCACUAACCCGUAUAGAGACCAAAGACCUACCAUAGCUAAAGUGCUAGAGAAACUUUGACUUUCCAUUCAAUCUUUUUUAUUUUAUUUUCUUCUUUAAUCAGUACAUCAAGAAAAGUUAACUGAA